UGAAAUAUAAGUGAACUAUUUUUCCUUUUAUUUGGAUUAAAGAAUUGAAAUUCAGUAAGUUUCUUAGAGUAAUAAUAUUAAGCUCUCCAGUACUUUGGUGACGAUGGAGUAAAAAAGUAGGCGAUGGCGACGUCCAAAGAUAAGAAGUAGGUGGUAGGUCAGGAGUCUCAACAGUUCUUUAUCUUCUCGUAAAGAACAUGAUUAUCUCCUCUAGGCCACAAACGCAAGCCUUUAUUUUGAUAAACUUUUAAAAAGACUGAUUAAUUUUAGUUCAACAUGUCUCAAGUUCAAUUCCAUUUGAAGUGAUUAAGUAAUUUAGUUCCAGGAGAGAAAGAAUCAGCAGCUGGAGUAAAUAAUCAAAACGAUACUGGUUUAUAAUGGAGAACGAGGCGAGUAAAAGCUCGCAGUGGAAGCUUGAAACGUUUACGCCUGUUUUUCUCCUUCUAACUGCCGUCCCGCUUGCUAUCAUGCUCUGGUUGGGCAAUGUAGCUUUCAAUAUAAUCAAAUCUGGAAAUGAUGAUGUGAUCCCUCCAACCAGAUGGCUCAUGUCUACAUUAGCCCCGAUGCUUGUCGUUUCUUGGGGUUUAAAAAAAAAGUCUCUCAACAAAAGUGGUGCCAUUGUUGGUUUGUUUAUCGGUUUUAUUCUGACCCUUUCCAACUAUGGAUUCAUGUUGUCCCUAAUUGUUAUGUUCAUUACUUCAUCCCAGGCAACCAAAUUCAAAUCAAAGCUAAAAAAGAGACUCGAAGUCGAUCAUAAAGAAGGUAAGCAUGCAAGUUUUGUUAAAAAGGAAUGGAAAUUUUGUAUAAUAUUUAUAGGAGGUCAGAGGAACUGGAUACAAGCGCUGUGCAAUGGGGGGAUGGCAACACAGCUCGCGCUACUUUAUUUACUAGAGGCUGGAAGUGGAGAAAGACCAAUAGACUUCAUCCAAGACUAUCGCUCAUCCUGGUUAGCACUUGGUGUUGUAGGAACUAUAGCAUGUGCAAACGCUGAUACCUGGGCUUCAGAGUUAGGCACCGUUUUAUCCAAAUCCGAUCCUUGGUUAAUAACUACUGGCAGGAAGGUUCCAAAAGGUGUGAACGGUGGCGUAUCACUGAUCGGACUUUUAGUGAGUCUUGUCGGUGGGUGUGUGAUCGGUGCGAGUUAUUACCUGGUGGUUGUUUACACAGCAGAUAGUAAACACAUCGGGGAAUCACCACCACAAUGGCCCAUCAUUCCGACUUCAGCUUUGGCCGGCCUCCUGGGCAGUGUAGUCGAUUCUGUCUUAGGCGCUACACUCCAGUACUCUGGUGUGGAUAAAAAGACAGGAUUGGUCGUUGAACAUGUUGGACCAGAUGUGGUGUACAUUUGUGGGAGACGGAUUCUCGACAACCACAGUGUGAACCUAAUUUCAACGAUAAUCACCGGACUGGUCACGCCGCGGAUAGCCAACAUGAUCUGGCCAUAUUAGCCACUAAAACAUUCCCUCCAUUAAAAAAAAUAUAUAAAUGUCCUAGGUAUUAUUAUUAUUCAAGAAAACUGUAAAUAAGUCUUUAUGUAUAUGAAGAAAUAAAACACUUUGAAUAUUGUAA